AUGCAGCGUGUUAAAGACCUUCGCCCUAAUGACUUUAAUCUGACAAAGCUGGAUGAAGAGUUAACCUCCAUGGCUAUGAUUCGUGCUCUUCCUGUGGAGGAAUAUGGCGCUUUUACCUCUGCGCUACUUCAGCGUGAUAUCCUGAGCAAAGAUGUUGUCACCCAGGCUUUUGUCACAGAGGAAAUCAAUCGUCGUCAUCGCACCACUUCCCCUCCCAAAGCAGAUCAAGCACUCACCACUGCUUCCUCCUCACAGCUCACCUGCGAUUUUUGUGAGGGCAAAGGACACACACAGUCCAAUUGCUAUGCUUUCCAGAAUGCUUCAAAGAAAGCCAAGGAAAAUCGCAAAGAGCGCCGCUCUAAGUGUGGAAACAAGGCAAAUGCUACUGCUGCUGCUGCUGCCACCCAGAAUACCACUCAGAUUGACCCUACCACUGUCACAGAGUCUGCUGGCAAAGCAAGUCUCUCUGACCCACUUCAGCUUGAUGCUGACUUUGACUGGAAUGCAGACACAGGUGCCACUUCUCAUAUGACACCUCAUCACCACUGGCUUAGAAAUUACAAACCUUUGGUCAUUCCAAUCAAACUCGCUGAUAACACCAUUGUCAUGUCUGCUGGGGUGGGAACAGUUGUAUUUAAUCCAGUGAUUGCAGGGAAAGCAGUCAGGCCUGUGGAAUUCACUAGGGUGCUGCAUGUCCCAAGGCUCAGGAACAAUCUCCUCUCUUGUCUGUAUUUAGUUCGUCAGAAAGGCUUCAGAAUUCACAUAGAGUCCAAGUUCAUGACCUUCCUUCACUCUCGUCAGACUCUAUUUGUUGCCUCUAUCACAGAGAACUACACUGCCUUUCUUAAUGGAACUGUACAACCAGCUCCAGAGUCUGCACAGGCUAUAACCACAGUCCCUCUUGAUUUAAAUCUCUGGCAUCGUCGCUUUGCUCAUCACAACUAUGCCGAUGUCCAAAAGAUGAUUAGAGAGGAGCUAGUGACUGGUCUUAUGCUGAAUUCAAAGCAGCAGCCUGACCCCAUUUGCGAACCAUGUCUGGCCGGUAAAAUGCAUGCCAAUCCCUUCCCUACAUCGGACAGUCAUGCCUCCAAACCCCUAGAAUUAAUUCACACAGAUGUCCACGGACCUCUGCCUGUGUGUACACACUCAGGAUAUCGGUACUGGAUCACCUUCAUAUAUGAUUACAGCCGAUUCAGGGUUGUGCUAUUGCUAAAGGCUAAGAGUGAAGCCUUUGAUGCUUUCAAGCAGUAUAAAGCUUAUGCUGAAAAUCUGCUUGAAGCAAAAAUCAAGGCUGUCCAGGAUGACAAGGGUGGGGAGUACAUGUCCAAUGCCUUUAUACAGUUUACUCAGGAGGCAGGGAUUGAGCGCAGACAUACCACGCGCAAUAGACCACAGCAGAAUGGAGUUGCAGAGCAAGCUAAUCGCACAAUGGACAAUGACAUCACUGCUAUGCUAGCAGAGUCUAAACUGCCUCCUUCCUUCUGGGGAGAAUGCAUUGGAUCUAUGGUGCAUGUCUGGAACCGUCUGCCUACAGCAGUGGUGAAGGGUGCAACUCCCUAUGAGCUGUGGUAUAAGCGGAAGCCAGAUGUCAGCCAUCUUCGUGUUUGGGGCUGUACUGCCUAUGUGCAUGUGCAGAAGGAUCAGCGUACAGGUCUGGGACCACACAUGCAGAAAUGUGUGUUUAUUGGUUAUCCUGCAGGAUACAAGGGGUGGAAGUUCUACAAUCCUGACACCAAAAAGACUAUAAUCUCAGAACGUGCUGAUUUUGAUGAGCGCUACUUCCCUGGCCUCAAAUGCACUUCUGAUAUUCCUCCUCCACCCCCUAUGUCAUUUCCACCUGCAGACAUUAUUCCUCUACCUGUAGCACCUGUACCUGGACAGGAUUUAGGGGGAGAUGGUGCACAUGUGCCAAAUCCUAUACUCGGUCCAGUUGCUUCAGAAGCUGAUCCACCUGUACCACCUGCACCACCUGCACCUGAGCAUCCAGUAACUCCACCACCACCAGAUCCUUCAGAGCAUCAUAGAGUUCCAACUCCUCCUCCAUUUGAACCUAUAGAUCAUCGUCCAAUUGCUCAGCACCGGGUACCUCGCAACAUUAGGCCCACCUGGAAAAUGCGAACUUUACCACCACCUAUGCAGGAUGCAGAGUCUGAGGAUGAGUUGGAUGUGAUAGAUGCAGAUGCUGACUUUGUUGAAGUCCAGUUUGCUGGUCUAUCUGCUGGAGCAGACCCUUGGACCUAUAAACAGGCUAUGGGCAGUCCUGAUGCUGAUAAGUGGCAGCAAGCAGCCAAUGAAGAGAUUGUGUCUCUAAUGGCCAAUAACACAUGGGACAUUGUUCCACUGCCACCAGGCAAAAGGGCAAUAGGCUCAGGCUGGGUGUUCAAGGUGAAGCACAAUGCAGAUGGUUCUGUAGAGCGCUAUAAAGGCAGAUUAGUCGCCAAGGGUUACAGUCAACGCCCUGGCUUUGACUACACAGAAGUCUUUGCUCCCACAUUCCGUCAACCUGCAUUGCGCCUUAUUCUAGCUCUUGCUGCAGCAGAGGAUCUAGAACUUCACUCUGUGGAUAUCUCAUCUGCCUUCCUAAAUGGAGACUUGGAGGAAGAGAUCUACAUGCAACAACCUGAGGGGUUUCACCAGGGUGGUCCAGAAAUGGUCUGCAGGCUAAAUAAGUCACUCUAUGGCUUGAAGCAAGGUGCACGCCAGUGGAACAAGAAGCUUCAUGAGGUGCUCACCAAAAUGGGCUUCACUCGUCUUCAGUCUGACAGAAGCAUCUAUGUGUACAUUAGGGGAGAUGUGCACAUUAUUGUCCCAGUCUUUAUAGACGAUAUGACACUUGCUUCAAAGUCCAAGAAGGCACUUGAUGACACUGUCAAGGAGUUAAAGUCAUAUUUUAAACUCCGAGACCUUGGAUCUACCCAGUUUCUGCUGGGCAUAGACAUCAAAAGAGACCAUGCAAAGCAUACCAUUUCACUCUCACAGCGCCAGUAUAUAGUGGAUAUGCUGGAGCGUUAUGGUCUCUCUGACUGCAAGUCUGUCAGCACUCCUAUGGAUCCUGGAGCAGAGCUUUCAAAGGCCCUUGCACCUCAGACACAGGAAGAGGCAGAAUAUAUGCACAAAGUGCCUUAUCUCAGUGCUGUAGGGGCACUGAUGUAUUUGGCCAUCACCACUCGUCCAGACAUCAUGUUUGCCAUUGGAUGUCUUGCGCGUUUUAAUGCCAAUCCUGGUCCUGCACAUUGGAUUGCUGUGAAGCAUGUCUUCCGCUAUCUGAAGGGCACUUAA